GACAUCUUUUUCCACUGUAGUACAUUUGUCACUGCGGGGCACGAGAUGACAGCCACUACCCUGGGAUGGUUAUUAUACGAGCUUGCCACACAUCCGGAAGUCCAAAACAAAGCACGCGAAGAGAUUUUGCAAGCUCGCCUGCGGAAUGGUAAACUCUCCUCGAAUGAAUAUGAUUUGAUGCCGUUUCUGAACGCUCCCAUCAAAGAAAUCCUUCAUUUACACCCUAUUGGUCACACCCUUAUACGUAGGGCAGUUCAAGAUGAUUGCCUCCCGCUCUCCGAACAGAUCAUUACCAAGGAAGGGAAGAUCUUGAAAGACAUUCCUAUCCCCAAAGGACAGAGA